GCCAAGAGGCGGAGCGAAGCAGAAAACAGCACUGCAGUGUCUCACAGGACACAUUCACAGCCCUGAAGCGUUUCAGACGGAGGUUACCUACUUCAACUGAUCUACAAAUCUAUGAAGACUUCAGAGUAGAUUCAUAAUCCAAAAUGGAUUUCAAGAAUGACAAUGUUGGGAUAGAACUUCUUCUGGCUCACAUGAAUAUUGGAGACAUCAUCCAAGCAGUGGAGCACCUCUACUCAGAGAGAGAAGACGAGGAAUCAGGUGUGCUGUUCGAGGAGUGUCUAUCACAGGACGAAAUGGAUGAAAAUGAGGAGACUUUAGGUGGCUUGGUUUCACACGUGCAGAAUAGGGGAAAGGUCCAGUAUGGGACUGUGUCUGAUUUGCUGGCGUUUGUGAACAUGGUCUCCAAUACAUCAGCCUCAACACUGAAGGAGCUACAGGAAGAGAUUGGAGUUCUCCUGAACAAGAGUGACAUGGUCAUUAAGGAAGGGCGCUAUCGCAUAGACGUGGACGUGCUUCUGUUUCCAUGGAGACUGACGUACAAGGCGCCAGGCUCAGGCCACAUUCCAAAAGGUUCUUUUGGUAAAGUUCACCUGGCACAGGACACCGAAACACGCAAGCGGAUGGCAUGCAAGCGGAUCCCUCUGGAGCACUUCAAACCUGCUGAUGUAGAGAUCCAGGCACGGUUUCGUCAUGAAAACAUCGCAGAGCUGUACGGGGCUUUGCUGUGGGAGCAGAGCGUGCACCUCUUCAUGGAGGCAGGAGAAGGAGGCUCAGUUUUGGAGAAGCUGGAGAGCUGCGGCCCCAUGAGAGAGUUUGAGAUCAUCUGGGUGUCCCAGCAGGUUCUGCGUGGACUGGAAUAUCUGCACUCACAUAACAUCAUACACCAUGACAUCAAACCCAGUAACAUCGUGCUGAUGUCUGCUAAAGCUGUGCUGGUGGACUUUGGUUUAACAGUACAGAUGACGGAGGAUGUGUACGUUCCUAGAGACCUCAGAGGAACUGAGAUGUACAUGAGUCCAGAGCUGGUCUUGUGUAGAGGCCACAACACAAAGACAGACAUCUACAGCCUGGGCACCUCCAUUAUUCACAUGCAGACUGGGAGCCCCCCCUGGGUCAGGAGAUACCCCCGCUCAGCAUACCCUUCUUACCUCUACAUUAUCCAUAAGCAGGCUCCUCCUCUGGAGGAUAUAUCAGAGGACUGUAGCCCUGCCAUGCGAGGCCUCCUGGAGCGGGCACUGGAGAGAGUCCCAUCGCAGAGGAGCUCCGCCACAGAGCUCCUGAACGAAGAGGCCCUCCACCCGUCUCGAGAAGACCAGCCACGCUGCUGGAGCCUGGACUCCGCACUUGGAGAGGGCACACAUCCGCUCCUGCGCCAGCAGAGUCAAAUGACAGACAGUACACAAGAUUCCUCUUCGCUGUACACUGAAGAUUCAGGCCCCUGUAGAAGAAAAGGCUCCCUCUACAUAGACCUUGGAGCUCUAACUGGCUACUACAACUUUGUGAGGGGGCCACCAACUACAGAAUAUGGCUAAAAGAUUUUUUUUAAGGAAACUUGUUUUCUUGAGAAUAUACAUGUUUCUUGGACUUGAGGUGCCAAAGGCCUGAAGGUGUGCACAUAUGGAUCCUGUUUAUAGUAGUAAACUAUGAACAAUGCCAGCAUGGUCACUGGCAACUCAAUCUUAGAGGAAGUGCCAUUGACAGCUUAGCAAGCCUAAAUUUACAUUGCAGCAGGCUGGAGACGUUAUGCCAAAAGUAGGUGCUCACAUUACCCAUUCCUGCCAGUCUGGCUUAGCAACCACAAGAGAUAACUUAGCAGUGUCAGGCAGAGACUAGUAAUGAGUAGUAGUAUUAACUGUGGAUUGUACUGGCUGCAAGUCAGGUUAUCAUAAGUGUGACAGUUUGAGGACUGUAGAUAAUCUCACCUGAAAAAGUGCUUAAAAUGAAGUAUUGCCUUCUAUAACUGUUUCACUGUGCGAUGUUACUGUUAAGAGAAUGAAAGGACGCAUUGGACUGAUAUGAUGCUCAGCCACAUCCUGCAUUCUGUGGCUCCCCUUUGCAUCAUCACUUCAAUAUCAGCUCACAUUAUGGGGAAAACGCAUUAUGUGUCACUUUCCGUCUCUCCAUAAAUGUACUGCACAACUCUGUAGUGGUGAUAUAUUCAGAGGUUACUAAUGUUCUUUGUAACUAUGAGGGUGGACCUCCUGGAGAAGAAAUUUAAGAACAUGUAUUUUUAGUUCUUCACAAUGUUAUUGUACCAUAACAAUAUUAGACAAGCUUAAAAUACAAAAAAAAGUGUUGAAAAGCACAUUAAUGAACUGUAUAUGACUUACAUAUCUUAAAUUCGGGUUUGUAAGGUAAUGAGGUGUCAAUGUUGUCUUUGUGGUGGGAUUUGCAGGAUCAAAUCCUGUUUGAGAGCCUGUGUGCUCAAGCAUUUAAUUUCCACUGUCAUACAGAAUUUAAUCAUUAUGAUAUAUGGUAAUAAAGUCUAUUAGCAUUAUCUGUUGGACGAUAUAACUUGAUUGAUGAAACAAUGACAGUUGCUGGAUUGUUAAAUGGUUGUGUCUAGGUUGCAUAUUUUGGAUUUUGAGUACUACUGUCAUUUUCAGAAGUUUCUAGAAAAUGCUAAAUGUCAUUCCUAUGGAAUGUGGUUUUGUUUAGUAGUUGCAGUGCAAAAGAUCACCUUGUAUCAUUUACAGUUGUAGCAUGAUUCAUGUACAAGAUAAUGGCUCUGUCAUCUGAGGAAAACAAAGGUACAAAGCCUCAUUUAAUCAUAUUCUUAAAUGUUACAUAAGGUGUACUGGCUAUGAAAUGAAAGAUGUUUAUAAAUGGUUACUUUCAUUUUUCAUUAUUUGAUGUGGAGUUAUGUAGUAAUUUCAUACUGUAAGAUCUGUGCUUAAUGAGAUUCAGUAAAUAAAUCGUUUUAAU